ACAAACUUUAGACUUCCACAAGUCGCUCUAGCCCUUCGCUGUGAUAAGUGCAACAAAUCCAGUCAACAACCUACCAAUAGCAUCGCAAAAAUGGCAUCGUUCAAAGCUACCAUCAUCUUCGCCGUCGUUGCCCUGUUCGCCAUCGUGUCCGCCAUCCCAGCUCCACAGCAGCCAGCGGCGCGGCAGCCGAUCGCUCCUGGUGCCGGUCCUGCCCCUGCCGAUGAUCUGGACGCUGGCUCCGAAGACAAGGACCUAAAGGGAGCUUCCUCGUUCGGCUACGGAUACUACGGCUACCCCAACUACUACGGCGGAUACUACGGUGGAUACCCCGGAUACGGAUACGGAUAUGGUCGUGGCGGCUACCCAUACUAUCGCUACGGAGGACUGUACGGAGGAUACUGGUACUAAACGAGUCUGUCUCCAUAAUAAGUUUCCCCUGUUUCCUUGUCUCGUGACCUGUGACCUGUGCUCUCCGUUUCCGGCUUAAUUCUUCCAUUUCUUCCACCACAUACUUGACCCACAUGACAUGCAUGACCACGAUCAAGCAAGCGGCUAACAAUCCAAAGGAUUCGCACUAGGCAUGAAAUCUUGUUCGAUAAUACCUCCCAUAUUCUUAGCGUUCGACGGGAUGGCCGAGUGGAGUUCUCCUUCGAUUCCACGUGCCUUGCGAAUCGAACCGGAAGCCACUCGUCCUGCUCCCCCACGCCAAGCGUAGCCGUUUUACGUUUGUUGUACCUAUAAUUUGUUUUUAUGUAUUUCAAAUGCUGCCGAAUUUAUGAGAAAAUGACAAAAAAAAAACUUUUGUAUAUACCUUCUACGUUUUCUAAUAAAAAUACGUUACCAU